AGUUUGGUUAUUAUAGUACUAUCAACAUAUGUACCUAAAGUGAUUUGUUUAUAAAAAUGAGUUCAAACGUUUCAGAAGCUUCUACAAACAAAUCGUUUACCGAAAAACAAGCAGAACGUAUGAAAAAAUUAAGAGAACUUCAUAAAUUACGAAACGAAGCUAGAACUCACAAUCACCAAGAAGUCAUAUCAGAAGAUGCGAGAUUAAAGCUUCCAAGUAAUUGGGAAAACCGAAAACGACGUGCAGAAUGGAUACUAAACGAUCAGAAGGAAAGAGAAGAAGCCGCUAAAGAAGGCAAAGAUUACGACAGACUCAAAUUAUUGAAUGUAUCCGCUGUGGAAGCCGAACGAUUCGAUAAAAUGAAGAAAAAGAAAAAUCCCGAUCAAGGGUUCUCGGAUUAUGAAGCUGCUUCUGUUAGACAAUAUAAUGGUUUGAUAAAAAAUAUGCCAGCCAAAGACAUGGAGAGAUAUGAAGAAGAAAAAACACGAUACGGUGAUGCUUUCUACGCGGCUCCUAAUACGAUUGUUCACGGUUUACAUAAGGAUCGACCACAAGCUGUUGACAACUUAGUUAAAAGUAUUGAGGAUCAAAUUGAUAAAAGAAGUAAAUAUUCCAGAAGGAGGACACAUAAUGAUGAUGCAGAUAUUGAUUACAUUAACGAAAGGAACGCUAAAUUUAAUAAAAAGAUGGAUAGAUUUUAUGGGGAGCAUACGGCGGAAAUUAAACAGAAUUUGGAGAGAGGAACUGCUGUUUAAGUAUAAAUUCUUCAUUUUGUAUAUAUUAGGAUUAAAAAAAAUUGUAUUACACUCAAAAGAUUCAAUUAAAUUAACCUUUAUCCA